CGGCGCCAUCUUGAAGCGAGACAGACGCUUUCGCCCUCGCUCUCUGGAAUAAUCUUUUUUUUUUACAAUUUCUAUAGGUUAAGAUAGGAUGGCGCAGUUUGGCGGUGGGAAGGCGCCUCCACCUUGGCAGCAGAGGUCCCAGACAACACCUCAGCUGCAGCCCUCUCUCUUGGGUCAGCACCCGUCAGCCCCAAGCCAGCAGCUGGUCCUCGGGGCAGCACCCCAGCAGCCCCAGUAUGCCCCUGUCCAACAGAGCAUGAUCCAGCCCCCAGGGUUGGGAGGUCUCCAAACCCUGGGGCAGCCCACCAUCACCCAGCAGACCAUCGGCCAGCCUAACACAGGGGGCAGCCUCAUGGGCCAACCCCCCAUGACCAGCCAAGCGCUGCAGCCCCCCAGCCUGGUCAACCCCACACAGAUCACCAAUUCGCAAAUGCAACCACAAAUACAGCCUCAGAUACAGCCACAGGUGACAGCUGUGACCUACCCAGCUCCGAGGGCUUUGGCUCCUCCUGGUGCUUUCAACCCAGCAGCCACCCCGAGCAACAUGGGUAACAACAUCGCCACCAAUAUACAAACCAAUAUACAAAAUAGUAUAGCCAGCACUAAUGCAGCGCAGCAACCACAGAAACAGAGGGUGUUCACGGGAACAAUAACAAAGCUGUGUGCAGAUUUUGGCUUUGUUGACGAGGACGUCUUUUUUCAGACAAGUUGCGUAAAAGGCCAGGCUCCCAAAGUAGGAGAUCGUGUGCUCGUGGAAGCUACCUAUAACCCCAAUAUGCCUUUCAAGUGGAACGCCAAUCGUGUCCAAGUCAUUCCCGGGCCGACAGGAACCCCUUCGCAGAACCAGAGUCGUACGGGCCCCCCAGCGAGAGAGAUAAAUAGCAGAGGGGGCUCGUAUAAUGCUGUACCUCCCCCCAAUUUUAGUAGUGUCAGGCUGAUGAAGCAAACCGCGAUUCCCGCAGAGAGCCAAGGAGCAAACUUCGGGCCCCGGGGAACAAUCGGGCCGCGGCCGAGGUCCCCCAGGAGAGACAGAAGAGAGGAGCGCAGCAGAGCCUCAAGAGACGGGGAGCGCGACCGCAGCGAGAAAGACAAAGAGGAGAAGAGAGAAAACCGCAAGCGCAGCAGAAGUAGAGGAAGAUCUCGGUCACCCCCCAGACGGAGGCUCAGGGUGGUCCCUCGUUAUAAUGUACAAGUCCCCAAGAUUCUAUUACACAUGAAAGAAGCCAAUGUUUUGGAGCUUAAGAAACGAUACAGCAACCUGUACAUCCCAUCUGAUGUGUUCCUGGCUCGUCCUCUCUGGUCGGACACAUUCCCCGCUCACAGGUCCUUCCAGUUCCCCCGACCGGUAUCCUUCCACAUCAUGAAUAAAGAGGUAGAGCCCGUUCUGGAGAAUGAUGCUAUCUACGAUGCCCCAGAUGCCAACCACAGUUUUGCAGCCAAGGUCAUGCUGAUGGCAGUCCCAGCAAUCGAGGAUAUCUUCCGGAGAUCGUGUGCCCUGAGCGAGGACCCAAGUGACAUCCGAGAGUGCUUUGUCCACCCGACGCGGCUCAUCAACUUCCUGGUGGGGCUGAAGGGCAAGAAUGAGACGAUGGCCAUAGGGGGGUACUGGAGCCCCUCCCUGGACGGAGCCAGUCCAGACAGAGACCCAAACGUACUCAUUCGCACUGCCAUCCGCACCUGCAAGGCACUGACAGGCAUUGACCUGGCAGGGUGCACGACCUGGUACCGGUUUGCGGAGAUUUACUAUCGCCGAGGAGAGUCUACACACAAGGGCCGGAGCACGCCUGCCCGGGUUGAAACCACUGUACUAUUUCUCCCAGAUGUUUGGAACGUUUGCCCCACCAAACUGGAGUGGGACGGCCUCCACCUCAACUAUAAACGGCAGCUGGACAAGAAGCUCUCCUCCUCGGCAGGAUGCCAGCAGCAGCCAGAGGACCAGGAGGAGGAGGAGGAAGACAAGGAGGAUCAGCCCAAGAAGAAGGACCCAAGCCAUUAUACUACGCUAGACCCAAAGAGUAUGAAGGUUGUUGAACUUCGCUCAGAAUUGGAUGCCAGGAUGUUGAACAGUAAGGGUCUCAAAUCACAGCUCAUUGCCCGGUUAACAAAAAUCCUGAAAAAUGAACAAGAAAAAGAAGAGUCGGAGAAGGCAGCAAAUGCAGAAAAUGCCGAAGUUGACGAGGCAAGAAAGAAGGAAGAGGAGGAGAAACGGAAGGAAGAAGAGAGAAAAAGAAAAGAGGAGGAGGAAAGAAAAAAGGAGGAAGAGGAGAAGAAAAAGGCAGAGGAGAGAGAGCGAAAUUUGUUAGAGAAGCGAUACACUCUUCCCGACCAGCCGAUGAUUGUUGUUCACCCGUCAAGAACAGCAAAGUCUGGAAAGUUUGAUUGUACAACAAUGUCCCUUUCUGUGCUGUUGGAUUAUAGACAGGAAGAUAACAAAGAGCAUUCCUUCGAAGUGAGCCUCUUUGCCGAGCUUUUCAACGAGAUGCUUAUGAGGGACUUCGCUUUCCGCAUCUAUCGUUCUCUUGUUGAGGCCCCUGAGAAGCCCACAAAAGAGGAUAAAAAAGAAAAGGACGACAAGAAGGAAAAGGAGAAGGAGAAGGACAAGAGAGAAAGGGAGAAGAAAGAAGACAAAGACGAAAAGGAGAAGAGGGAAGACAGAGACCGGAAGGAGGAAGAAGAAGACAAGGACGAGAAAAUGGAAGAGGACAAGCAGGGGGACAAGAAGGACAAGAGGUCAUGUGAGAAGGAAGAUGGGAAGGAUGAUAAGAAGGAAGAGGAAGAGGAAGAAGAAGAAAUGGAAGAAGACGAGGAAGAAGAGGCUGACGACGAGGACUCCAAGGACGAGACGCCUGGCAUGAAGGUCGGGGAAACCAAGGAGAAGGACGAGAGGAGGGACAGCAAAGACGGCAAGAAGAAGGACGACAAGAAAGACCGGGAGAGAAGGGAGAAGAAGGAGAAGAAGAAGAUGGUGACUGUGGACCCUUUCCUUCUACUCUCCUUUGUCUACUUCGACCAGACUCACACGGGCUACAUCAUCGACAGGGACCUGGAGGACAUCAUCAACAUGCUGGGACUCAACCUCUCGAGAGCACAGCAAAAGAAGCUCAUGUCGAAGGUGAUGUCCCGAGAUGUCCUGCACUACCGAAAGAUGACAGAUGUGUCGUUGGAUGAGAAGGACAAGCCGAGAGAUCCUCCUCCCAACAUAGACUUAGAGUUCCUGGCAAAAGGUAACAACACCAUGAUGCCAGUGUUCGUAGAUGCCUUAAGUACCCCAGUGGUUGGUGAUAAGGCCCUAAGAAAGGGCUGCAAGAAUAAGGAGGAUUCCUUUGUCUCAACAACAUUAAAUGACAGUGAGAUGAAGGAUCCAUCUGCUGUAGGUUGCACAGUUCCUGUUACCCAAGGGGUUGUCAAGUAUGGCGGCUCAUUAGUCGACAUCGGCAAACUGAUUCAGCAGCUGGAGAAGUCGGAGAAUGCACGCAGCAGUACAGAAGAGAAAUUGAAGGAGCUGCAGAAGGAACUUAUGUUCAGCAAAGAUGAAUCUAAAAAGGCUUAUGAUAAGUGUAGUAAGCUUAAUAAAGAAAUCAAGAGUGCCAAUUCUAGUCUGAAAACAAUGGAGGAAGAACUUCAGAAAGCUAUUGAGGAUAACAACGUCUACCAAAAAGCUCUCAAUCAAAUCAAGUGCGUCAUCAAGCCCCUUGUAGCUGGUGUUGACCUGGACGAGGAGGACGUCAUAAUGAAGGACAUCACAAGAGACGAGCUCAAGCUGAAGCAAGAGCCCAUAGAGAAUGGGACGGUGGACUGAUCUUACAGGGCUGUUUCGUGCUUGGAGCUCGCAAGGACACCAUCGCCGAAUGCUCGGUCGAAUGUUCGCAGGACCAGCUCAGAACUCGACGUGGAAUUUCUAGGCCUCGAGAAACACUCAUGAAGGAAAUCUCGUGUUGUUUUAAGGAGAGCACACUUAGCCUCAAAGGUGUUUUUUCUAGCCAAAACAAUGGUCCAAGUGAGUUAAUAAUUGUAUAAAGAUACAUCAACCAUUACCUCACCCAAAGAUUGAAGAAGUUACUUAGUCUCUUGGCACAUUAGCACUUAGAACUGCAUGCAGCGUAUGUCAUUUGGUUAUGUAAGCACCAAUGUAUAUAUUGUGGAUUUGUGUGCAAGUUCUGGAUAUUCUCAGGUUUUGAUGAUUAAUUUGAUUGUUGAAAUAUUUAUGACAGUGACACUAAUUAUGAGAGGGCACGUGACAUUAAGUUGCCAUAAAGCCGUUUAUUUUAAUCAUGUGUAUAUAUAUGUAUGAGUUAAUGUAUAUGCAUAUAUGCAAGCAUACAUCAAAC